CGCCGUGCAUAUGAACUAUUUUGCACAAAUUUACAGGGAAGCACCGAAAAUAAAACAACAAACUCAACCAAAGCAAUUUGAAAUUCUCGUGGAUUUCAUGAAGGCGCAUCCCGAUUUAUCGAAAGGAUCACUAAAAACACCAGACGCCAAAAAUACCUCCAAUAAUUUAUGGAAAAAUUUAGUUUCCCAUUUAAACGCAGCUGGGCCACCAUUGCGCGACAUUGCGGGGUGGAAAAAGGUUUGGGCAGACUAUAAGAUUCACUUAAAGGCAAAAAUGCGACGAAACAAAAAUAAUAUUUCGGGAACUAGAGGUGGUCCCUCACUUUUCAUACCCUUAUCACAGUUAGAGCAACAAGUGAGUGAGUUAUUGUCAAUAGAGGAAUCAAUAAAUGGAAUGAGUGGUAGCUUGUCAUUCGGUGCAGCUACAAGCAGCAUGUCGGAGUAAAUGCAGACCCUACCGAACCAAAUACACAAAACAGGGAACUACCACAAUGUUCCAAAGUGGCAUGCACACCUCAUAAAAAACAGCAGACUCCUCUUAAUACACAAGAAAAUGAACUACCACAUUGUUCAAAUGUGACGUACCCACCGCGCAAAAAGCAGCAGACUCUGCUUGAA